CGCUGGUUUUGCGCGAGUCUUUCGAGGAAAAGCUCCGCUGUCUGCCGUUUCUGAAGCCCGAAAUCGGGGCCCGGGAAGCCGCGGUACAGGGAGAUCUCAACAGCUGCCCGGCCUACCGAUUUCGCCAGGAGCGUUGCGCCGUGGACCGCGUGCGGAACCCGUUCGCGAUUCUCGGAAUCGACCGGGCAGCUGCUUUCGGGAUGGCGGGGACCACUUUCCCCCGAAACAACUUCCAGCCGCGGGCGGCCAAGGAGAGUGGGCCGUACAUGUUUGCUUUUCCGAACCGUACGGAGCUGUUGCUGGCAAACAACAGAGAAGGUCGCGGAAGGUUGACCUCUGGUCGUGGUGCGACAACGUCAAUUGACGUCCGACCGAGCAAUGCCACUGACCUGUUCGAGAACGACCGGAACAUUCAAGAGCUAUCCGGAAGAUCUUCGGACAAUAUUCUCGGGCAGGAGGAGAGGUGCGAAAUUUUAACCGCCGGUGGCGCUGGCGUUGGGAACGCACCCCAGGCGUGGCAUCAGCAAGAACGAGAUGGCAGGAACAAGGCGCCGACGCCGGUGCAAGGCCACCUCGCGCAUAAAACCGUCGUGGGAGAUUGCCAGCUGGCUCUAAUUGUCGUUCCCAUUGUAGUCCUCGCCCUGCUUUGUUGCGUGGUCUGGGCGGUCAUGUCCUGUUUCGCCAGGGGAGAUGACAGCGGUGAAACCGGUGUAGGAGCGAGAAGACCAGGAGUAGAUGCUGCGCAACGACAGCGAGGACAAGAGCAACGGCUUUACAACGAGAGGCAAGGCGGCCGCAGCUAUGAGAAGAAGGACCACGAUGAACAGGUGUUAACAGAGAACGUCGCAGCGACUACUACAGCACCGGGGGGGUUAUUUUCCGAGGACCAAACCACAGCGGGAGCAACGAAUUCCGACACAGAUUUAGAAAUUUCGGAGACGUCCGCGGGGACAACUUCUGGGGAAAGUGCGAUGUCCACGGAGCGCAUCCGUGGCACUCCCCGGCCCAAGCACCUGAGACCGCGGAAGGACGUCGCGAAGAAAAAGCGAGGACGCGGAGGACCGGCUCGCAAGCGCAACAAGAUGGGCGAAACUCCUAGUACAAAAAUGCCCCUAGAACUUACAGUCCCGCGGCCACUAGGCCACGAAAGUGAUCACAUCGAUACGAGCCAUAUACCGCCCCCCGAGGAGGCCAGCGAGGGCUCCCUGAGUAGCAGUCCAGAGCGCGGGCCGCAGACGUCGCAGAAGAAAGGCAAAAAACUGUCGCCGAAGAGGCCGAAGGCGAAACCGAAACGCGAAGCAGUCGCUGGAGCUGCAGCUCCAACACCCGACCUCGAGGUAGCGCACACCGACCUGAGUAGAGAAAGAACAAUCGAUGGUGUGGCAACCGCACGCGAAGGCUUAGCAACUGCCAGGUUGGACGUCAAGGGAGGACUAGAUAGGCAGCAUCUGCUGAACCCCACGAAACUCGACACGCAAACGCUAAACAACAGCAGCUUAAAGAAGAGCAAAGGCAAGGUAGAAAAAGCGAAAGCGAAACAAAGCGCAGGAGUGAAAAAGAAAACCGCAACACCAACAAGAAAGAAAGCGGAAGUCUCCCUCAAAGCCGAGGCGCAGAUGCUCACCGGGGUGGAGCGGACGGAUGCGGAGCGACUGUUGCGGAAAGCGGGCAUCAGUGCAAAGUAUGCGAAGAAGCUGGCCCGAAAGCUGGCAGACGCCGACACGAGGGGGUCCGAAAACAUAACGAGCGAAAAAGAAUUCGACCAGUUGCCCGAACUGGAAAAAGAGGCUUUGCUGCAGUUCGGGUUUGGGCCCACAGAGCGGGUGGCGACCAUGCGGCAGAACCUGGUGCAGUUGAAGAAAAAGCACAAGAGGGGCGAGCACAUCAUGGGUGCUCCACCUCCGGGUGUCCCGGUGGCCCCCCGUGCCUCCGCGGCCGAGGCCGCGUCCCAAUUAUUUCCCGGGGCCGGCCGCGCUCCAGCAGUACCGGAGCCCGCCGUGCCGAGGCAGCACAUUCCCCCCCUGCCGAAGGUGGUCCUGCUGCCCAGCAAAAAGGAAGUAGAGGCCUUGCUGGUGGACAAAGUCGGGCUGUCGGACACUUAUGCCAAACGGCUCGCGCGGAAGCUGCAAGACCCGGACGUAGCACGAAUCCUGCCGCCGAGGGAAACUGCCGACCGGAGAGCUCUGGAGUCGUACGGGUUCUGGCAGACAACACGCAAACAACCAGUGCAGGGGGAACGAACUACCGAAACAAAGAAGCAGAAGGACAACAGCUCGUCGGUACUACUGCAGAAGUCCGGCGGCGGCUCGGCCGACCAGCUGCGAUUGUGGCUGAACCGCAUGGCGAAACUGCGGGCGAAUAAGACAAAGCCGAAAAUUCCCAAAGUUGAAGACGAGGAGGAGACCGGCGGAUCAUCAACUGCGGCUGAUAAAAAAUCUAAGCGACAUAAGAAGCCGCUGGAGCUGGACGACACCGUCGCAGCCUUCGUGAACGCGGGCAUUUCCCGGAAAGCCGCCCAGAAACUCGCGAAGACGAUCGUGAAUGCGGACCAGAGCGAGGGAAGCCUGUUGGCAAAGGCGCUGAAGAACGCACUGAUCAUGCAAGAGUUUACUGCGGGUGGGGCGAGGGCGACGUCGCCGACAAGGAAUGAAACCUCCACAUCUACAACUCAAGGCGACCCCGCAGGAAAAGACGGCGGCGCUCCCGGCGAGGAGGAAGUAGAAAAUGCGGCGGAGCAGGAGCAGACCGUGAAGCUCCUGUCCACGCUCGGAUUCGACAAGGACACGACCACGGUUGCGGACGCUAUGUCCUGGGUCCGCGAGCAGGUCCGCGGGGGCCAUCGGGAACGAAACUUCGCCGCGCGAACCCUUCCGGAAAACACGGCCGAGAACGCACUGCUGACCACCGGCAUGAGUGCCGCGCUCGCGGGCAAGCUGGCCAAACACUGCGCGGACGCGGGGAUGCACAAGGACGCCGACCUGACGGCCGGCACGGACGUGGCGAGCGCGGACCUGCAACUCCUGAAGCAAAUGGGGUUGUUUGGCGAGACCGAGACCGUCGGCAAUUUGCGGUGCUUUCUGCACCAGAAGCUGGAGCAGAAGUACGGCGUGAAUGAGGAAACAGGGGAGUUGCUCGUGGAAACGACGGAUAUGCAAGACUCAGUUCCACCACCGCUGGACUUGGGGAACGCCGAGGAGGCGUUUGUCGCACAGGGAUUUUCGAAGGCGGCCUCCCAGAAACUGGCGAAGACUGCAGUGGAACAUGGAAAUAAAACGAUUCAAAGUACAGAAACUUUCACGGGUGCUCGUCCAUCGACAUCGCCUGCCGACGCGGAGUUGCGCAAUUACGAUGGCUUCGGCGAGAACGACCUGGCCCUACUGUCCACGAUGCUUGGCGUGGAGGCCACGGGAGGACAGGUGCUCGACGUUCGCGCCCCGACCGAGGCCGCUGUGGUGGUUGCGGGGUUCGCCAAAAGGCACGUGGCCAUGAAAGCACAGGUCUCUUUGGACCUUUCCACCGCGGUGAAACCCCUCGAAGUGGAACUCGGGAACGCGGAGCAAAUCCUGGUCAUUCAGGGCUUUGCGCCAGCCCUCGCCAAAAGGGUGGCCAAAGCGGUGGCUAAGGACGCCGACAAGGAGGACGAGGAAGACAGUGAAGAAGAUGAACUUCUCACAGGGGGGCCGCGGUCGAGUACUUCUAGGACAUCAUCUUCAAGGGACCGCGACGGAGAAGCUGCAGCUGCCAACGCAAAAAUCACCGAAAGGAAAAAAGCCCAGCUGCAGAGCCUGGCCACCACGGAGGAGGAGAAACGACAAAUCGAAGAGUUUCUGAAAAAACAAGACGUAGGCGAUGAAAGUGAUGCACCGCGCCAGGGAGAUAACUUGACCUCUCCCUCUCCGACGAGCAGCACGGGGGGCAAAAACUUGCUGGCUGAUCUGCGAGAAAAGAUUGAAGAAAAACUGGACGAGGAGAGCCCGGAGGACCGGUAUGAGCGGCUGCGCAACGCGAGGAAGAGCCAGCAGAAAGCAUCACUCGCGGCAAAGUUAGCGGACGAGCAGGGAAUGGGUCGGGCCUCGCAGGUGGAGCUGAUGAAGCGGAGUUCCCUGCACGAGCUGAAACGGAAACUGGCGGGGAAAAGAAAUAGAAACCAGUUAUCUUCGUGGCUGGGUCGCUGUUGUCCGUGUCUCUGCGGCGGCGCAGACGUCACGGCGACUGAAGAAGAGGCGGAUCAAGCCGUUUUUGUUGGUGUUGAUGAUUCAUCUGGGGCGACAAAGGACCGGGCCGGACUCAGGGGUCCUCGAGAUUCCCCUGACGAGGACAAGGACGCGGAAAAGUCUUCCUCCGAGCCGCAGCUUUCCGGCGAGGAGACGACGGAGGUGGAAGGCGAGUUUGAUGAGGCCCAAGUCUUGGGCCUCAUCAAACCACUUCUGGUUCUUGAAGAACCAGAAGUGGUGGAGUUGUUGGGCGGAGGUACUACGCCCGGCGCCGCGCCAUUGAACCUGCAAACGCCUACCAUCGACGUGGAGUACACACUGGAAAUCGCGGACACGCUGGAGAGCGACCUGCUCCGCGUCGGUUUUCCGCAAGCGAUGGCGGCGAGCGUCGCUGCAAAACUUUUGAGGCUCAAAGGCGCCGGAAGUGGAGCGGCAGAAGAACCUGCCCCGGGGGUCGACGCACUGCAACUGACGGCUGGGGAGAUAGAAACAGCCAAACAGCUGGGACUGCUAGAAGAAGGUGCCACCUCCGAGGAAGGGGCGCCGCAAGAGAAGAUCGGAGAAGGAGGCUUAGAAACGCCCCCUCCGAUACUGCAGCAACUCGCUUCUAACCUGUCGGCGCGAAUAGCGAAACCGAGCCAGGAGCAAGGACCAUUCGCGGAGUAAUACACAAGCAGUAGAAUAAUCAAUGUGAGACGUAAAGAAAUAAAGUAAGUACCUACUAUUACCCCUCUCAUACACUACCAAUGCGAACCGAUCGAAUUUUUUUUGGCUGGCUUUAGCUCAUACAUAUCUUUGAGUAACAUCUCAAACCCCAGCCCCGUCUUGCAUGUUGACCAUGCAAAGUAAUUUUCAUCCCCCCGUAACUAUCGCUCAUAGAAUUUUCUGCUGAACAUAUUAAGUAAUAGAAUACUUUUACUUUCCGCCGAAGGCGAACAUAUUCCC